GUUUACCAGGAAGUAAAGACUUUAUGUCUCAAAUAAAUCCUUUUUUCAAAUGAGCAGACUGAUAAACGCCUCAUUUUACGUCUCCGUUGACCAGAUUCACGAAAAUACUUUACCUGCAGCAACAUUUCGCCGCAUUUAUACUGAAACACUCAGUUGCAGGCCCUCAGGAUGCCGGAGAAGGUGCUGGUCACAGGUGGAGCUGGUUACAUAGGGAGUCACUGUGUGGUGGAACUGAUCGAAGCGGGAUACCAGCCGGUGGUGGUGGAUAACUACAGCAAUGCUGUCCGAGAUGGAGGAGAGGGGAAUGUGGCAGAGAGCAUCCGAAGGAUAGAGAAGAUCCUUAAAACCAGCAUUGAAUUUCAUGAGCUAGACCUUCUGGAUCGACCUGCACUGGAAGAGCUCUUCAAAAAGCACUCCUUCAGUGCUGUGAUGCACUUUGCUGGACUGAAAGCAGUCGGGGAGUCGGUGGAACAGCCGCUGCGUUACUACAGAGUCAACCUCACGGCUUCCAUGAACCUGCUCGAGGUGAUGCAGGCUCACAACGUGAACAAUCUGGUCUUCAGCAGCUCUGCCACAGUCUAUGGUGACCCCCAGCACCUCCCCAUAGAUGAGCUGCACCCUGUUGGAACGUGCACCAAUCCCUACGGCAAGACCAAGUACUUCAUCGAAGAGAUGAUCAAAGAUCACUGUAAAGCUGAAAAGGGAUGGAAUGCUGUGCUUCUGCGUUAUUUCAACCCCAUCGGAGCUCAUUCCUCAGGUGUGAUUGGAGAGGACCCCCAGGGCAUCCCCAACAACUUGAUGCCUUAUGUUGCUCAGGUAGCAGUUGGGAGGAGACCAUUUCUCAGUGUAUUUGGAAAUGACUACGAUACAGUCGAUGGGACCGGUGUUCGGGAUUAUAUCCAUGUUGUAGAUCUGGCAAAGGGACAUAUAGCAGCUUUGAAAAAGCUAAAGGAUAACUUUGGAUGCAAGGCAUACAAUCUUGGAACAGGAAGAGGCUACUCUGUUCUCCAGAUGGUUAAAGCAAUGGAGAAAGCUUCAGGAAAAGAGAUAAAUUACAAGAUUGCACCUCGUCGUGAAGGUGAUAUAGCGUCCUGCUAUGCUGACCCCAGCCUAGCUGAGAAAGAGCUUGGCUGGAAGGCUGCAUUUGACUUGGAAAGGAUGUGUGAGGAUCUGUGGCGCUGGCAAUCCAUGAAUCCCACCGGAUUUACCAAUGGCACAUCGUCUUGAUGCAACUGCAGCUACUUCUUUAGAAAUCACCUCAAAAACAGAUUUUUUUCUCUCUCUCUCUUUACAGAUUUUGCCUUUGAAUAAAGCUGCAACAUGUGUUCUUCUUUAUAAACUGUUUCAAGAGAUUUUGUACCAGAGGAAGCAUAAUUAUAUAUAAUUGCUCUGCUUAUAUUUCAGGUAUAAUAAGGGAAAUAUUCUUUAUAAGUGUACAUACUAAUGGGAGAAUAAACACAUUUUCCUACAGACUAAA